AGUGAACAGAAAUUAACGUAAUCAAGGGUUAUGCGUUCAUUUAAGUGACUGACUCUCCUACAGAAAAUGUUGAGGAAACGACCCCAGGGGUGACGACGACAGUAACAACCAGCCCAAGUUUCCUCCCCACAUUCGAGGUGACAUGGGACACCAGUCGGCUGAUGCACGUCGAAACGGUCGACGUGAUCGUGUACGGUUACAGCGAAGACGAUGUGGGCGCCCUACAGAAGAUAAUGACAUUGGCAGAGAACAUCAGCUACCAUGAUGGUUCUAUCAACGUCACAGCACCUUCAACCAACACCAGCUACGAGGUUGGUUUGUUCGGUGUUCUACAGCACCAGGAUGUGACGCCAUCAAACAAUGGUCUUGAUGGACGUGCUGGUGUGUGGAGUGAGGUCCAUGUUCUUCAGUGGCUCAGAGACCACGAUCCUGCUCCUUGGUGUGCCCAGUGGAUCACCGACAAUGACAAGGAGAACGAUUUCAUCGACGCUGCUCCGGCUUGCCCAUGCACGCUCUGGGUCGCAAUGCUCGACUUUGCUCGGUUUCGGCGUGAUCCUAAAUGUUAUCAAGGCUCUAGCAGGGAAGAUAACUGUCAGUUCCGACCAGGAGCCGUUCAUUGUGUUCGGGCCAUCCAACACAGUGAGUUAGGUGGCGGGCAAGAAUGCUGUUACGACAGUGACGGUAACAUCAGUAACGCUCAAAUAUUCCAAGCAGGAGGAGGAUUUGCUCACCGUUAUCAUCACAACGGCAUUCGUCCUUACAUAAAUGCAACGCAGGUCCCCUUCCUGUCGCAUUUUAUGGCUGAUGUUUUACCGUGGACAUACUGCUGCCACCUAGGAAAUCAGGUCCCCGACGCAACUGAUCUGAGCAGUGGGUGUCUCCAGUAUACAGAGAGGAGGCCAUCACAGCUCUGCAAUCAUUAUGUACCCCCAAACCUCGCAUUGGGAAACGGCGACCCACACAUCAUUACUCUGGACAUGAAGAAAUACACAUUCAACGGACAUGGUGAAUUCAUUCUUCUUAAGACCCUGGAUGAAUCGUUUGUUCUUCACACAAGAACUACACCACUUCAAGAUGUGAACGCGACAGUUUUUGUAGCCGUUGCCGCCCAGUGUAAUGAUAGUGACGUCAUCCAUGUUGAGAUUAAUGAAGAAAGGGUCAUGGAUGCAUACGUUCGUCCUCAGCAGGGUGGUGACUUCGAACGGAUUGAUUUUGAGCAGGCGACAGCUAGGAAUUAUGAAGGUGUAUCUGUCAUAGGUCUCAAUAUAUCGUCCAAUGGUAUACUUGUGGCCUUCGAGGGUGGCUCAGGUUUAAAACUCAUGGCUGCUGAGGGUGCCCUCAUCAUUCAGUUGGUGCCUCAUCCCUCAUUCAGGGAGCAGACACGUGGUCUGAUGGGCACUUGGACUGAUGACGUCAGUGAUGACUUCAUGACGCCGGAUGGGACUGUCUUGUCACCUAACUCAUCGACGGAAGAAAUAUACUUUCAGUUUGGACUCAAAUGGAACGUCUCUGAGGAUAAUUCAUUGCUCUACUAUCCGGAGGGAAUAAAUCAGAAUAAUACUUCAGACUUGAAUUACGUACCAAUGUUUGAAGCUACAGCUAACCCUAACAUUAACCAAAGCCUUGUCCAAGAUAUCUGCAAUGGCGAUGAGUUCUGCAUCUUUGAUCUGCAAGUUACCGGGAGUAUCAGCUUUGCUCAAAGUACAGCCAAUUCGCUGCAGGAAUUCCAGGAGGCCCAAGAAGCAUUCAAUAUAGUGACAUGUCCUACUCUUGGUACACCUGACCUUGGGAAUGCUAUCAUCAGUAGAUACACCCCUGGAGGUGAAGCGAACUACACGUGUAUUGAAGGCUAUCUGAUCAGUGAUGAUGCCACAAUAAUGUGUCAAUCAGAUGGAUCAUGGAGUAAUGAUGUCAUUCCACGUUGUAUUGAUAAUGUGAAACCUCGCGUUACUUGUCCCGGUAUUACAUCAAAUACAACACUACAAGGACAACCUAGAGGGAUUGUCUUCUGGCAGGAACCAACGGUGGAGGAAAAUUCAGACAACUACACCGUUUCCUUGGUGGGUUCUGUUUUCAAUGGUGGAGACUUUCCCAUCGGCUUAUCAAACAUUACCUACGUGGUGACAGAUGCUGCUGGACUCAACGAUACAUGCACGUUCAUAGUAAAUGUAACAGACAAUGAAGAUCCAACGAUCCAAUGUCCAAACUCGAUCGUUACCAAGACAGCACCCUCUCUAGACUCUGCAGAGAUCAUCUGGCCUCUCCUUAAUGCAUCUGACAAUUCUGGCAUGGAGGUUACAAUCACACCUAAUGGGGAAAAUAGGAAUGGGACUAACUUCAAAAUCGGUGCAGAAUUGAUCUCCUAUAUCGCAAUGGAUUCAUCUGGAAAUACUGUGGAGUGUUCAUUUUGGGUCAACGUUACAGACAUGGAACAGCCUAUGAUCACAUGUCCAGUUAUACCCACGCUACCAACGGAAGAAGGUCAAUCUUACGCCAAGGUUUCCUGGGAAGAGCCAUCCGUUUCCAAUGGCACCAUCACUGAUAAUUCUGGAUCAGCUCAGCCCAAAUUUCUUGGUCCCGGGAGUAAUGGAGGAAACUUUGAAAUCGGGAUUCAUGUCUUGACAUAUUUGGUUACAGAUGAAGCAGGCAAUUCCAAUAACUGUACAUUCUUGAUUAAUGUCAUAGAUACCGAAAAACCACGAAUCACCUGUCCAAACGUGACGUCAAACACCACACUUCAUCAGCGAUCCGUUGGAAUGGUGUCUUGGAUGGAACCAACCGUUGAGGACAACUCAGGCAUAUUCAACAUUUCCCUGAUCGAACCUGCUUCCAAUGGAGGAGAAUACCCGAUUGGCGUUUCAAACAUUACCUAUGUCAUAACCGACGAUGUCGGGUUGAUGGAUUCCUGCACCUUUUCUGUAGUUGUGAUAGACAAUGAAGAUCCAACGAUCCAAUGUCCAAACUCAAUCGUUACCAAGACAGCACCCUCUCUAGACUCUGCAGAGAUCAUCUGGCCUCUCCUUAAUGCAUCUGACAAUUCUGGCGUGGAGGUUACCAUCACAGCUAGUGGGGAGAACAGGAAUGGGACUAACUUCACAAUCGGUGCAGAGUUGAUCUCCUAUAUCGCAAUGGAUUCAUCUGGAAAUACUGUGGAGUGUUCAUUUUGGGUCAACGUUACAGACAUGGAACAGCCCAUGAUCACAUGUCCAGUUAUACCCACACUACCAACCAAGGAAGGUGAAUCUUACGCAAAUGUUUCCUGGGAAGAGCCGUCCAUCUACAAUGGAACCAUCACUGAUAAUUCUGGAUCAGCUCAGCCCAAAUUUCUCGGUCCCGGGAGUAAUGGAGGAAACUUUGAAAUCGGGAUUCAUGUCUUGACAUAUUUGGUUACAGAUGAAGCAGGCAAUUCCAAUAACUGUACAUUCUUGAUUGAUGUCAUAGAUAUCGAAAAACCUCGAAUCACCUGUCCAAACGUGACGUCAAACACCACACUUCAUCAGCGAUCCGUUGGAAUGGUAUCUUGGAUGGAACCAACCGUUGAGGAAAACUCAGGCAUAUUCAACAUUUCCUUGAUCGAGCCUGCUUCCAAUGGAGGGGAAUACCCAAUUGGCGUUUCAAAUAUUACUUAUGUCGUAACCGACGAUGUCGGGUUGAUGGAUUCUUGCACUUUUUCUGUAGUUGUGAUAGACAAUGAAGAUCCAACUAUCCAAUGUCCGAACUCAAUCGUUACCAAGACAGCACCCUCUCUAGACUCUGCAGAGAUCAUCUGGCCUCUCCUUAAUGCAUCUGACAAUUCUGGCUUGGAGGUUACCAUCACAGCUAGUGGGGAGAACAGGAAUGGGACUAACUUCACAAUCGGUGCAGAGUUGAUUUCCUAUAUCGCAAUGGAUUCAUCUGGAAAUACUGUGGAGUGUUCAUUUUGGGUCAACGUUACAGACAUGGAACAGCCUAUGAUCACAUGUCCAGUUAUACCCACACUAUCAACGGAAGAAGGUGAAUCUUACGCCAAUGUUUCCUGGGAAGAGCCAUCCGUUUCCAAUGGCACCAUCACUGAUAAUUCUGGAUCAGCUCAGUCCAAAUUUCUCGGUCCGGGGAGUAAUGGAGGAAACUUCGAAAUCGGGAUUCAUGUCUUGACAUAUUUGGUUAUAGAUGAAGCAGGCAAUUCCAAUAAUUGUACAUUCUUGAUUGCUGUCAUAGAUAGCGAAAAACCCCGAAUCACCUGUCCGAACACCACGUCAAACACCACACUUCAUCAACGAUCGAUUGGAAUUGUAUCAUGGAUGGAACCAACCGUUGAGGAAAAUACAGGGAUAUUCAACGUUUCCUUGAUCGAGCCUGCUUCUAAUGGAGGAGAAUACCCAAUUGGCGUUUCAAAUGUUACCUAUGUCGUAACCGACGAUGCCGGGUUGAUGGAUUCCUGCACAUUUUCUGUAGUUGUGAUAGAUGAUGAAGAUCCAACCAUUCAGUGCCCCGGAUCUAUUCACGUCACAACGCGACCAGACCUUCCCUCGGCCCUGGUGUCGUGGGAUGACCCAACAGGAAGUGAUAACUCAGGUGACAUUGAUAUUGUUGAAGUGGGGUCAAUUCUCAAAGGCAGUGAAUUUGUGAUUGGAGUCAGUAUGAUCACCUACGUUGCAUCAGAUAGAAGUGGAAAUUUUAAAAAUUGCUCAUUCGCCAUUAACGUUACAGACAAUCAAGACCCCGUCAUUCGGAAUUGUCCUAGCCCAAUAACAACAGUUUCAAGACAUGGUCUCAAUGUGACUGAAGUCUCAUGGACUCCUCCAAAGGCAACGGAUAAUUCUGGGCCAGUGGAACCGGUCUUUAUUGGUCCAGGUACCCAAGGUGGAAACUAUUCUAUUGGGACAGUUACAGCGACUUACACAGUUGAAGACCUGUCGGGAAACAUGGAUAUUUGCGCUUUUUCAAUAACCGUACGAGAUUACAAUGACGUUGUAGUUAUCUGUCCAAUGAAUGUUGUCAUGUCAACCGAGCUGGGAAGAGCUAGUGCGACUGUUGCAUGGUCUGAAGCGACCAAUCCGCCUGGAUGGAGCAAUGUCACCAUUACACUGGAAGGGUCAAUGAAAAAUGGUGGAGAAUACCCCAUUGGAGAGACUAGCCUCACCUACUUUGCCGUAGAUCCUGAUGGACUGAACGACUCAUGUACAUUCUUUGUUGUCGUAAUAGACGAGGAAAAGCCUAACAUUACCUGUCCUGUGCUGGUCAAAGCAUACACCGAAACAAACGUCUCCUAUUCCCGAGUAUCCUGGCCAGAACCUACAGCAGUAGAUAACUCUGGUAAUGUAACAGUCUCGUUGAUUGGGCCAGGAUCUAACGGAGGUUUCUUCUAUAUAGGUGAUACAAAUGUGUCUUACCGUGCCGUUGAUGAUGCUGGAAACCCCAGCUCUUGUAUUGUAACAGUUCGCGUCAUUGAUGACGAACCUCCUGUUCUAACAUGCCCCGAGAACAUUUCGACAACUACUCAACUAGGAUCAUCUAGCUCAGAUGCAGUAACGUGGUAUAAACCUACCGGAAGAGACAACUCUGGAACGGUAACCGUUUCGCAAAUCACCACCGAACAAAAUGGAGGAAAAUUCAAAAUCGGAGUCACCAAUAUUUCUUACCAAGCUGUUGAUGACUCAGAAAAUAAUAUUACAUGUGUGUUCUACAUUCUAGUGGAAGAUGACGAACCUCCGAUAUUACAGUGCCCUGAAUCACAGUCGGUAUUUACCCAACAAGGCUCUGAUAGUGCCCCUGUCACAUGGAGUGAAGCAAAUGCAACAGACAACUCGGGAGCUGUGACUGUUUUGCUCCUUGGACCGGGUUCUAGUGGUGGACUUUUCAGAAUCGGUUCGACCAAUAUAACUCAUCUAGCAGAAGAUGAUACUGGAAACAAUGCAACCUGUAUCUUUACUGUUGAAAUCAAAGACAAUGAACCACCAUUUGUAAGUUGUCCUAGCAACAUAUCAUCAACGACACAAGCAGGAUCACCUUCAUCAGGUCCCAUCACAUGGAGCGAACCCGUAGGUACAGAUAACUCUGGGUCAGUGACAGUUUCAAUGGUCGGAUCGGGUAAUUACACGAAUGGAGGAAACUUCGACAUAGGUGUGACCAAUGUCACCUACCGGGCGACCGAUAGAUCAGGAAAUACACAUAUGUGCUCAUUUAUCAUCGAAAUACGUGAUGACGAUCCUCCAGAACUGACUUGUCCAGAUUCUAUUUCUGCAGUCGCUGAACAAGAGACAGGUGAAGCUACCGUUACCUGGAUAGAACCAGAUGUACAAGAUAACUCUGGUACGGUAACUGUCACAUUGGCAGGACCAGGAGCUAACGGUGGAAAUUUUAGCAUCGGUAUGACGAACUUGUCCUACCACGCAGUAGAUGAAACAGGAAACGUCAAAUCGUGUAAUUUUUCAAUAUCAGUAGUAGAUCCCUCAAGCUGUAUAUCAAACCCUUGCCGUAAUGGAGGAACGUGUAAGGAUUUCUCCGGGUUCUUCCUCUGUCGUUGCUCUGAUGGCUUCCAGGGACAGACAUGUCAACAAGCAAUUGUCAGUUGUGAAUCGGGAUCAAACGCUUGUGACUCUACCGAAGAAUGUGCAGAUUCUGUCUGCCGAUGCCGCCCAAAUUUCAUCCGAAUUAAUGGAGUGUGUAUCCGAAAGAACAGAUAUCGCCUGACCUUGACUGCCAUCUCUCUACUUGGUGAAUCUCUCGAUUAUGUGGACAGUUUAUCUGAUCCAUCAUCAGAUGAAUUUCAGAGCAUUGCUGAGGAUUUUAGAGGAGUGGUUCUUUCGAUCACUUCAUUUAUCAACGAUAUAACAGUCGUUCAGCUUGAAUCGGGAAGCGUCAUCUUCACUUUCGAUAGCUUUGUCAACGUCUCCAUAGGAGAGUCAGUCGUACUCUCGGAUUUGCAGGAAGCACUGGGAUCUGGAUCCUCCACAAGCGACCUUAUCCUCUCGCCAAAUACAGUUCCAGAAAUCUCAGAUUUUGACGAAUGUGCUGAUGUCACAACCAAUGACUGUUCGCCAAAUGCCAAUUGUAGGAACACAAUCGGAUCUUAUGAAUGCACUUGCAAUUCAAAUUAUAAUGACGAGUCUAUUAGACAGAGUGGCAGAGGCAGAAUAUGCGUCUUUCAGCGAAGUCUUCUGAUUGCUCUGAUAUGUCUCGCCGUUGGCUUCACUCUUUUUAUCGUUUGCUGUGGUGCUCUGUGCUGCCGCUGGUCUAGACUUCAAAAUAUUUAUGCUUUCCAUGCUGGUCGAAAACCUGAUGAAUCAUACAGGCCUCGUCGACCACACUCGAAAAGGAGCACCCGGUCUAAAGGACCUGACUUCUCUCAUUCUAAACAUUCAGAGUCCUCAAGAAACCCAUCACCUCGUUUCACUGCGGAUAGCACAGAGAUGCCUAGUGAGGGCUUCUUUCAUUCAGAACUCCCAAAGUCCUCGAGAAGAAACCUAUCUCUUCCCUCCAUUGCUGAUAGCGUAAAGAUGGCCCAUGAGAACGAUCGAUCUGUAAGAUCUGCUUUCAGCCCUCGUGCAGGUCCUUCAUCUGCACGCAAAUACCAUUCUUAUGCUUCUACCCGAUACCCCUUGGAAAGGAAUGACCGCUUCUUAAGGCCGUUUGUGGUAACUGGGAGUGAACCUACAGGAUAUCAGAGGAGGAUGUCGGAAGGAGGAGCUAAAUUCGUCAAACAACCAAGAUUUAUUCCUUGAAACAAAUCGAGGUGACAAGCUUCGCGAAUUUGGGACAGCAUCGACACUCAUUGAGCAGUUGAGGCGGUGUAUGACGCCGACGAUUUAGAUGAUGUCGUUAUGAUAGGAUUUAGCGGCUUGGUAGAACAUUUCUAUUUACUUUGAUCGCGAUUUCAUGGCAGUGUAUAUUUCAGAAAACGUUCAAUACCAUCUAGCGGUAAAAUGAAUUACUGCCAUGAACGAUUAUUUUAUAGUCAUGUUUAUCAUUUAAACGAAUGAUUUUCAUGAAUAUGUGCCAACGGUACUUUGCUAUUUGAAACUUUCACAUUUUAGUGAUGGAAAGUAGGCUACAUCUUCAGGACAGAAGAUUUUUUUUUCAGACAAGUGAAGUCGCAUGUUAUAUUUGCCGAUUUAAAAUGAUCUCAGCUUUCAUUAUUGACUGUAUUUGACUAUGUAUGUGAAUCAUCAUUCUGUUCACCAGAGAAUCGUUAUUGUUAUCACCACUGACGAGUUGUCAACUCUGAACUACUCCGCAAAAUCCAUGGUUUGAUUGGCUUAGAAGCAAUUAUAUCUAAUUAUUACAUGAGUCAAAGAAGGGCAUCUUGUCAGCCCUGAGAAACUUGGUGAAUACAAACAAAAUACCAACAGUCGUGUUUUUUUCUUCUUCGAAUUACUUGUCUCCAGCAAGUUUACUUUAUUAAAAAUGACGGGUUUCGUUUAAUCUUCUAUUUGAGCGUAUCGUUCGAUGAAAGAACAAGCAAUAAUAUUAAUCUAACAGGUGACAGUAUAUAUUUUAUGUCCUAUGAUUAAAUCUGUAGUGUAGUUUUGUGGAAUGUAAUACACUGCCUAAUCCUAUAUUUGAUCAAGUAAUUGUGCUUUAUUCACAUUUGUAUGAACGGUGUAACUGAUAUAUUUAUUUCCAAGACCUUAAACCUUAAAGAACAGUGUCAUCCAGAGUCAAGAAGGAAGAACAUUUGACUUGGACAAUUUAUUUUUUUGUGAUCUCUGUAAUAGUGUAUUUAUACAAGUCAUGUAUGUUUUGAUGGGAAUGAAAAUGUAUUUUCAGGCAAGUAAUCUUAAUCUGCUUUGGAGUUAAUUAUGUUCUAGGACAAAAGGUGAUUCUUAUGAAUAAAAAAAUUAGCUAUAGCUAUGUGCAAUCAGUUGAUGUUCAAUAUUGGUAGAAUAUAAAUCCGAAGACAUCUAUCUUAUCUGGUCCAAAGACGAUAAUAAAAGUCCGUGUCAUGCUUAAAAAUAUACAACAAAUAAUAUCUGUGCUCGCCAGCGCUUUUCAAAAGUUCAGUCGUUCCUGUAUGAUUUGUAGUUAAGUAUUGAACCCUUCAGAUUCUUCAAAAAAAAGUUAUCUCACAUUAUAAUAUAAAAAAGGCAGAAUGUUCAUGGGGACAUAAAAAAGAAGCCUCAAUCUAAGCAUGUUUAAAAAAAGAUACAAGUGGCAUUUCAGACAUUGGUGGAGGUGUCCUCGGUUAACACUGACAUUUCACACUUAUGGCUCCUUGUUUGGAGUUUAAGUUUUAAACGAAUUAUCUCACAAUGUCCAUGUUCACCAUGGCCCUGGGAAGCGGGGGUGCUGUGUAUAUUAUUUCCCAUAUGCAGCGCCCACAAGAAUUUUGGUACGUGUUAACAAAUGGUGAAAUGUAAGCAAAAUGUCCUAUAUUUUGUAGUGAAACCUUUUUUUUGCUUGUCAAAUUCCUCUGGACAGAAACAAAUUUUAUUUUGUAAAAAAAUCCCCCCUUUUUGUUUGCUUUUUGCUUUUUUUUUUGCUUGUCAAAUUUCCCGUGACAGAAAUGACCUUUGUAAUGUGGUGAAAACCUUUUUUUUUUUUUUUUUUGCUUGCCAAAUUCACAUCAGCAACCUCAGUAAAAAAAGAUCGUUCCCAGGGCCCUGCGGUUGACGGGAAAAUACAAGUAAGUGUGUGUAUGACACCAUAGUCACAAUUUGGUAAACCCGAACUUAGCUUCUUGUAAUUGGUUGUUAACUAUGAUCCUGAAGAACCCCGAUAUUGCAAGUUAAUGGAGCCUCAGAGUGAAAACAUGUGGUUUGAUAAUCAUGAUUAUUGAACAUGUUGAAAUAGCAUAUACUAAUCAUCAAUUCCCAAUCACAGUUGUAAAAACACAUUCACCAUUAUUCUUAGCACGAAAAUGACCAACAUUUCUUACUUAUUUUCAAAUUUGAAGAGGAUUUUGAUAUGCAAAUGCAUGUUUUGUUUUCUGUAGCUGGAAAGAGAUAGUGUUUUAUGAAGUAGUAAAUAAUCUGCAUACAGUGCGUAUAUGCACAAUAAAACCAGCGUAACUUGAAGAACGGCAUUAUUAAAUACCUCAGGACUUCAUUGCAUGAAUUGAAUUUGCCUAGGCGGUACAUUUACCAGUCAUAGAAAAUUACACUAAAUCCUUAUGUGUUGUAGUUGCCAUCGAUGGCAAAAAUUAUAUUUGAAUAAUGAGGAACAGAAUCACAAUUUUUAUCUAAAAUAUUGAUUUCCAUUUUUAUACUCACUAUAUAAUGUAUAUUCAUAAUCAUGUACUCGGAGAAAACGCUAAAUUGUGUACAAACUAUAAAGGAAAACUUGAAUAUAUAGAAUUCUUUUAAUGAAUGAUUGAAACAUUUUAAAUUUAGUUUCUCACUUAUUUCAUCAUAAAUCUAAUGCAUAUGAUUAGGCUCGUUCAUUUUAUUCUUUCGAUUGUGGAAGAACCUUAUUUUAAUACUUUCUUUUCAACAUGUUCAAUCAAAAUGAGGCAUAUUCGAAUGAAGGAACAUGAUGAAUGAAUGAAUGAAUGAAUGAAUGAAUGAAUGAAUGAAUGAAUGAAUGAAUGAAUGAAUGAAUGAAUGAAUGAAUGAAUGAAUGAAUGAAUAAAUGGAUGGAUGGAUGGAUGGAUGAAUGAAUAAAUGAAUGAACUGUGUUUAUUUUAUUACAUUUUUUGCAUUGGUACUGAUAGCGUUCUAUGGUACUAUCCUAAUUCCUAUAAUGAUUUUACGUGUACAACAAAGAGAAAGAGAGCGGGAAUUAGAGAUUAAGAAAAAAAGGAAAGGAGUCGUAUAUGAGUGCCAAGAUAACAGUAAAUCUUAAUGGAUAAUAAUUGAUUGUGAUCAGGUAAAAACAAUGUGUAAUUUUUAGGAUUGAACUUAUGAUGUGCUAAAAUAUACUUUACUGUAAAGAAACUUUGCAAUAUUUGAAACAGUAAUAAUUAGUAUGCUGUGAAUUUCAUUAAUGUACACAUGUUUUCAAGUUUGAUGUACAAAUUAUUACAAGUAAUAUUGUCCUUUUAGUUCGUACUUAAAUGUUUAUUUUUGUUGUGUUAUAAUUUAUCUCUUUGAGAGAGAAAAUUGUAUACUCGAUUAACGCCGAAGCAGAAUGCAUCUUGGUCUUGCCUAAUGUGUCAGCUAGGAGGAAGCCAUGGAUAUGUAACAGGAGUUCAAGAAUGUGGCUCGUAUUCUGAAAUCCGGUCUAACUUAUUAUCAUGUUCAAACUAUUGCCUAUAACUACGGGAAACUGAAAAUGUGCUUUACAUUGGAUGUUUCUUAUGUUUUACCGUGUUCUUUCUGAAUGCUUUAAUCAUGUUAAUGACGAAAAAGACAUUUUUAUUACUUAUUUCUUCAUUAUUUUUUUCUUCAAAUUAAUCAAAUUAAUUGUCUUCCACCAUGCGCUCUCAAAACAAAUAAGUCAAAAUGACUAGUUAAUUGUGCUAUGCGACAAUUAUUUUCUUCGUUUGAAAUAAACAUUUGCAGUAUCUAAACAGAAA